AUAACACAAGCAUCCCUAUAAAUUGGUAUCAGUCCUGUCAGAGCCCCAGUAGCCUGGCAGGAUGGCACAGCAGAUGGAAGGGGCUCCAGAAUCUGCAAGAGGAGCACGCGUUCGUUCUCCAGGCACACAGAUAUUUCAGCCAAACACAAAAGGGAGGAAGAGACAAAAAAUGGAAGGAACAUGCCCUGUAUCAGGUGAUGACAGCCAACAGACCAGAAAAGAAGAACUGAGAAUUGUGCUUGUUGGUAAAACUGGAUGUGGGAAAAGUGCAACAGCAAACACCAUCCUUGGUAGAAAAGCAUUUGACUCCAAACUCUCAGUAAUAUCUAUAACCAAGGAAUGUAAGAAGGAGGGAGCAAGCCUGGAUGAUACAAGAGAUAUUCUAGUUGUUGAUACUCCGGGUCUUUUUGAUACUAAAGUUUCUCUUGAGAAAACUUCUAAAGAGAUUGGUCGCUGCAUGUUGUAUUCUUCUCCUGGGCCUCAUGCUAUAGUUAUGGUGAUACAACUGGGCCGUUUCACUGAAGAGGAAAAAAAAACAGUAGAACGAAUUCAAGAAAUUUUUGGAGAUGAAGCAGUUAGAUACAUCAUACUCUUAUUCACCCACACAGAAAAUUUAGAAAAGGUCGAGCUGCUUGAUCAGUUACAAAAGGCAACGGAUAAGAAUCUUUCUGAACUGGUGAGAAAAUGUAACAACCGAGUCUGUGCUUUCGAUAACAAAGAGAAGGAACGGGGAGCUCAGGUUAGUGAGCUCAUUAAAAUGAUUGAUGCGAUGGUGAGUGAAAAUGGAGGCUCAUAUUACACGAAUGAGAUGUAUGAAGAGGCAGAGAAAAAAAUCCAAGCAAAGACAGAGGAACUACAGAAAAAAUACAGAGAAGAGGAGGAAAAAAAGAAAAAAGAAAUCGAAAAUAUUAUACAGGAAGAGAUAAAGAAGAGAGAAGAUAAAUUUAUGGAAGAAAGAGAACAGGAACGUAAAAAGGAAGCCAUGGAACAAGAAUUAAAGAAAAAACUUGAAGAAAUUAAACAGCAAUACAGGGCUAAACAAGAAGGUGCCAGGAAUGAAGCCAAAAAUGACGGUGAUAUAUUAACAUGGGCUGGCAAAUGCAUAAAUAGAUUGUGUACAUCAGUGGUAGGGUGGCUUAGUAAUUUGUUUUAAAACUCAAUUGUGGGGUUGUAGAUAUUUUUUUCUUUCUCACUUUGUGAGCAAAUUUGUUUAUUCAGAUGCUGAGGUGAUUUGUCUAAUUGUUAUUUCUGCAACCUCAGCCUGGGAAUCUGAUAAUCAAGCUCUGUUAUUUUACAUUAUUGUGCAGCCUAUAGGUAUUUGCUAGAUAAGGCAGAGGUAUAAAUUAAGGCAGUAACGCAAUAAACCUACAAGCCUCGAGACCUGUAAGAUAAUAGCUCAGCUUAACAAGGCAUAAGCCCAAAGAAAGACUAGACAUAAGCAACUAAUCAGUAAGUGACCCUAGAUCAAAUAUAUCAUAAGCUAGAAUGCUAUAUGAAGUAAGCAGGGCUGUAAAGCGAUUAAAAAAUUAAUCUCAAUUAAUUUCACAAUUAAUCGCACUGUUAAACAAUAAUAGAAUACCAUUUAUUUACAUAUUUGUAUGUUUUCUACAUUUUCAAAUAAAUU